AUGGGCGCCGGUCAAUCAAGAACAGAAUACAAUAGCAACGAACAAGGAGCAAGCAGCACAACAACAGCAAAACUCUCACUCCAUGGCGGUGGUUCUUCGUCUUAUAACCCUUCUUCGACAAGAGGAACUGUAAAUGCUUCAACACGUCGUUCUCGUUUUCGAACACUACGUAAUCGUCUCUCGACGUCGUCGUCUCAAACAAAUGACAGCUCGUCGUCGGAUACUUACCGUUUCGCAGACGGAAGACGAUUUUUGGAUUCUUCGAAAAAUGCCAAUUCCGUCAAAAGUAUCACAGAUUUCUACAUUACCACAACGACCAGGGGUGCUGCUGGUAUUGACGUGGAGAAAUUGAAACAACAACACCAGUUGUUCAAACGUGUUUGGAAUGGGAAUUAUUCGGCGCCUGUGAAAAUGAGGCUUAGAGGUGGUGCAGCCAAAGUUUUGGAUGUUGGGUGUGGGACAGGAACAUGGGUAUUAGAAAUGGCAAAAGAGUAUCCUGCAUCAGCGUUCACAGGCAUCGACCUUGCGCCUUGUGAUGUGUUGGAUGGGUUACCCUUUCCAGACAAUACCUUCGACUACAUCCACAUGCGCCGCAUGAUUUCCAGUUUCAAAGAACACGAAUUCCAAGACAAAAUUCUGCCGGAGCUGGUUCGUGUACUACGACCAGGUGGAUGGGUAGAAAUCAUGGAGAUUGAUAAUGAGUUGGUUAAUGGUGGGUCGAUUGCUGCUCGAUUGACUACUGCACUGUAUGAUUAUUUGUACACCCAUGAAGUAAUCGCGUCAAUUAGCACUCUAAUCCCGAAAUACAUGGAAUCAGCAAAAGGGUUAUCGAGUCCUCAGAUUCUUGAAAAAUCAUGCUUCUUGGGAAAAUGGGCCGGAAAACUUGGGCAUCUGGCGCUCGAAGACGUGACAAAAUCAUACAAGUCACUUCGCCAGCCACUAUCCAAGGACUUGAACAUCUCCACCAAAGAAUACGAUGAACUGGUUCGACAGUUUAGCAAAGAACUCGAGCAGUCGCAUCGGACAUUAUCAAAGACAUGGCGGUUUUUCGCGCAGAAAGGUAUGGCAGAUAACGGUGUGUUGUCUGUUAAUACUGGCGAUGUCACGUUCGAGACGAGGACAUCGACGACGAACAUUACUACAAAUUAA